AUGGGUCUAAACCUGAUUUUGGUGAUGAUACUGCUGGGGCAGAUACACGGAUGCAAAAGUUGCAUUCAAAAAGAAAGGUUAGCUUUGUUCGAGCUCAAGAAGUACAUGAUCUCAGUUGCUCCAGAGGAGGAAUCCACAUUUGUUAACCCUACUUGGACCAAUGACACAAAGAGCGAUUGCUGCCUGUGGGAGGACGUUAAGUGCAAUCGUUCAAGUGGACGGGUGAAUGAGAUUUCCUUUGGUUUUAAAAGCCUAAGGAGACUAAGAAAGCUGGAGAUUCUGGCUUUCACUGCAAAUGAUUUCAACAAUAGCAUCUUUCCUUUUAUUAAUGCUGCUACAUCACUUACAAAACUAUAUUUUCUGGACUGCAACAUGGAUGGCCAUGUUCCUGUUAAAGAACUUAGAGAUUUGACAAACUUGGAAUUGCUGGACAUGAGUUGGAACAGACUUAAUGACUCCAUACCAAUACAAGAGUCAUCUCCCUUGAAGAAUCUUAAAGCUCUGAGUCUAAGGGGUAAUAAUUUUUUUAGCUCAAUGGGACUGCAAGGCAAGUUUGCUCAAAUAAUUUCAUGGAUUUGCAAGUUGAAGAACCUGCAAGAGCUGGACCUCAAAGAAAACAAACUAGUAGGACAUUUUCCAUUAUGUUUAACUAGCUUGACUGGACUUCAAGUUCUUGAUCUCUCAUCAAACCAAAUGACUGGUACAAUACCAUCUUCUCUCGGUAACCUUAGAUCUCUUGAAUAUUUGUCGUUGUUUGAUAACAACUUUGAAGGCAUCUUCUCACUUGGUUCUCUAACCAAUCUCUCAGAGCUUAGAGUGUUGAAAUCUAGUUCAAAAUCCAACACGUUCAAAGUAGUAAUUGAAAAAUCUUGGAAGCCAAAAUUUCAGCUGAGUGUUAUUGCAUUACAGUCUUGCAACUUGGAAUAUGUUCCUCGUUUUCUUCUAUACCAGAAAGGUUUGCGCCAUGUUGAUCUCUCUGAUAACAAAAUUGCGGAAAAUUUUCCUUCAUGGCUGGUGGCUAACAAUUCAAAACUUGAAUUUCUGCUUCUACAAAAUAAUUUUUUUGUGAGCUUUCAGCUACCGGAAUCUGCUCAUAAUUUGCUUUUCUUGGAUUUGUCAAUGAAUGAGUUCAGUGAUGAAUUUCCUCAGAACAUUGGGUGGAUACUUCCUCAUUUACAAUACAUGAAUCUAGCAAAGAACAAUUUUCAAGGAAAUCUACCGGCUUCUCUUGGUAACAUGAAAAGUAUUGAACAUCUGGAUAUGUCUCACAAUAGUUUCCAUGGAAAGCUACCAAUAAGUUUUCUAAAGGGUUGUUAUUCCUUAUUAAUCUUAAAGCUUUCACACAACAAACUAAGUGGAGAGGUUUUCCGAGAGCCAGCUAACUUUACUGAUAUAACUGUUCUUGCUAUGGAUAACAACUCGUUUACAGGAAAGAUUAGACAAGGUUUGCGGAGUUUGAAAUACUUGAACAUUCUUGACAUUUCGAACAACAAUCUUAAGGGUGUAAUUCCCAGUUGGAUUGGUGAAUUUAGCAACUUAAAUGCACUGUUGCUUUCAAACAACUCGCUGGAAGGUGAAAUACCUAUGUCACUAUUCAACAUGUCAUAUCUUGGGCUACUGGACCUCUCUGCAAAUAUGUUAUCAGGUGAUAUACCUCCACAUGUAAAUUCUGAAACUCCUAUAGUAUUACUUCUGCAAGACAAUAAUUUCUCAAAGGGUAUUCCAGACACACUGCUACUGAAUGUCAGCAUACUUGAUCUGAGAAAUAACAGGUUGUCUGGGAAUAUUCCCGACUUCAUCAAUAGCCAAAACAUCAAUAUUCUUCUUCUUAGGGGUAAUAAUUUUACGGGCCAUAUUCCGCAUCGAUUGUGUGGUCUAAGCAAUAUUCACCUUCUGGAUCUUGCUAACAACGGAUUGAGUGGGUCCAUACCUUCAUGUCUUAGCAAUAUAUCAUUUAAUUCGGGGAAAGAGCACACAUCAUCAAAUUAUUAUGAUUUCAGCUAUGGUUACGAUGAUAGUGGAAGCGGCAUUACUCCUAGCCGGGUAGACAGAGAAAAUAACAUCGGUCUAUAUUUUAUAUCGCUGGUUGUAAUAGAAGAACGUACUAUAGCCCACUCGGCAGGAGUCCAGACUAAAAUUGAAUUCCCUACAAAACACAGAUAUGAUGCGUAUAUGGGUGGAAAUCUCCUACAACUUUGCGGAUUAGAUCUCUCCCAGAAUGAGUUGAGUGGUGAGAUCCCAAUAGAGCUUGGAGGUCUUCUUGAAUUGCAUGCUCUCAAUCUCUCUCGUAACUAUUUAUCAGGGGUGAUACCAACAAGUUUUUCAGGUCUAAAGAAUGUGGAAAGUCUUGAUCUUUCUUUCAACAGAUUACAUGGCAAGAUCCCACCACAACUAACGGAGCUGAGCAUCCUUGCGGUCUUUAAUGUCUCAUACAACAACUUACCAGGAGUCAUUCCACAAGGAAAACAGUUCAAUACUUUUGAUGCAAAAAGCUAUUUAGGUAAUUCUCUUCUCUGUGGACAGCCAACCAACAAAAGCUGCAACAGUAAUAACAUUCGAGAAGAAGAUAAUGAAGUGGAAGAUGAUGAUGAAUACACAAUAGACAUGGUAUCCUUCUACUGGAGUUUAACUGCAGCUUAUGUCACAAUACUUGUUGGAAUACUUGCAUCUCUCUCUUUUGAUUCUCCUUGGAGCAGAGCCUGGUUCAACUUCGUUGAUGCUUUCCUCCGCAAGAUUGCAAUGGGUGAUAAAGAAAAAAAUCAGUAUAGCCUAUGGAAUUCAGAGGAAACCAAGGUUUUAAUAGAGUUGCUUGUGGAUGGAAUUCAACGUGGAUGGCGUGACAGUAAUGGAAUAAUGAACAAAGCAACGGUGGAACAUAAAAUACUACCAGUCUUGAACGGAAGACUUGGAUGCCAAAAAACCCACAAGCAUUACCUAAGCAGGAUCAAGUUCCUAAAAGGUCAAUAUCAAUGCUAUGUUGAUCUUUUAAACAACAGUUCAGGCUUUGGGUGGGAUCCUAUCAUGAAAAGAUUUAUGGCUUCUAAUGAAGUAUGGAAUGACUAUUUAAAGGGACAUCCAAAUCAGAAGUUUUUACGCUAUGACUUUAGUGAACAGUUUGAUGAUUUAAAAAUCAUAUUUGAUUGUGCAACUGCUAAUGGUAGCUCUGCAAUUGGCUUGGGUGAUACCACGGAUGCUCGUGUCUUCACUGUUGGUGACAGUCAAGUACAAGAAAACUUGAAUUUUGAGGACAUCAAUGAUGAUGUAUAUGCUCAGCAACCAUCCCCAGAAAAUGGUGUCAAAAGGCGUGUGGAAAAACUUGUCUCGAGAAAACGAUCUCGAACAGACACAUCUGGCAGUUCAGUUGAGAUAAACAGUGAUCAAAGUGAUGCUAUGGUAAUGAUGACCAGCAAGAUCCUCACCUUCAUAACACAGAGAGAAGAAAGACACCAAAAAGAAGCUGAGAAAAGAGAAGCUGAAAAGAAGAAAAACAGUGUUUGGGAUGGUAUGAAAGAGGUUCCUAAUUUGGAUGAUCAUAUCAAAUUUAAAGCGGUGACCCUUAUCUAUUCCUUGGGAAUGAAAGAUGUGUUCACUGAUAUGUCCAUAGAAAAACGCUAUGGUUGGAUCCAAAGCAAUGUCAACUGA